CAAUUAGGUCAGUCAGUUUUAAAAAUGGCGGCUGCAGUGGGCAAACAUGUGUCCGCUACGCGAGUAUUAAAUUCUUUCACUAAACUGUACAGCUCCUAUUUCCAUCUUUCGCAUACACGGUCUUUAUAUGGAGCCUCGUUUCUAGGACUAGACAAAUACCUGGAGCAACGGGAGCGAACCCGGCAGCAAUUCACCGGCUCCAAAGACAAGUUCUUUCAGCGCAUCAGCCAGUACUUCAAUGCGGAAGGUGCGGGCACUGGUAUGGUCUUCACGGAAGACUUGAAGCACGUCGUCUGCUUGUGCGAGGACAAGGAGGAGGACAUUGACCUGGUCAUUCGGAUGAUGAAGAGGUUUAACCAGCAGAACAAGGAACUUCGGUUCGGCACCUUUGUCUUUGGACCCGUGGCCCUCCGCCUCUUCUACCACCUCCGGAAGCCGGAUAUCGUCGUCCAAGUGCUCAAAGAUGAGGAGCUGGACGGCUUCUUCGACCAGUUCUCCUCGUACCAGAUAGCCAUGGACCUCCUGUUCAAGGAGCAGCGCUACCAGGAUGCCCUGGACGUCUUUGCCAGCAUCCAGAACAAGCAGCUGUAUGGCACCAAGUACCCCAGGGAAUGCAUGGUGCUUGCUCUGGCCUCCUGCUACAAGCUGAACACGAGAGAGCACUACGAAUACGCGGUGCGACUGGUGCAAGAGGCUAGGUCAGUGGGAGCUCUUGUGUUGCGCAAGGGUCUGGCCUUUGCAGCUGCGCUUGCCAUCAACCACAAUGAACCCAAGGUUGCCAUGGAACUGUUGGCGCUUACAGCACAGCUGAACUACAUCACUGUUCUCAACCUCCGUAUGAUGGCCCUGGCGGACCUGGACAGGUUAGAGGACGUGUUCCUGACACUGCGCUCCAUCGUCCACCAAGACGUCCCGGUCCAGUCGCGGGUGGAGUACCAAGUGUUGCCUGAAACGGUGAUGAAGGUGGAGCAGAGCCUGGAGCGCCUGGGGGACAAGGAGAAGGCCCACAUUUUCGAGCAGAUGAAGCGGGCCCUGAAGGAGAACAACCACCUGUCGGAAAAGUCACUGGACGAGCUGCUCUGCCAGCCGCUGCAGCAGCGCCCGUUCAACAGGGACAGGGACCUCGACCGCACCGCAAGUUCUGGCAUCGGGGGCACAUACAUGUCCGGGCAGCGUGUUUCAAUCAGAGGUUCCCGAGGAGUGCAGCAGCACCCAACGAGGCACCGCCAAGGUCUCGGCGAUGUGGACGAUUAGCCGUGCACACUCCAGACGGGAGCUUAGUUUUGCUUUCCUACCGUUGUUUGCCAGGCUACCACGAGACAAGCAGAGAUGCUCGCACCCUUUCAUUAGCGAGAAGCAGUCUCUCAAAUCCGCUUUUUUUUUGCGCGGGCGAAGUCUGCCAAUGGGGAGCGUGCACUGGCUGGGAACGAUGCAGCACUGCCUUGCGUGUGUAGUCCAGUCCAUAGAUCCGCCUGCUCUCGGAGCCUUGACCGCCGGGGCCACCUCAGUCUUUCAUUGAAAGGUACUUUGUAAAUAAAAGUGGACCAGCUUGAA